AGUAAAAUUGUAGAGCUUCGAAGAAUAAACGUUCUGCUUAUAAAAGAAAUAGUCUUUAUUACUUGAAAUUGUACAUUUUUGGCGACCGUGACAGGACACAUUCAAGACACACAUUCAAGUAAGAAUUAUGGAUAAGGCAAAGAAAGCAAGAACAGUACACCGAAGAAUUUUCACAAAAAUCUACAAUAAUAUUGAAAGCCGGAUUUCCAAUGGGAAUUUUAAUAGUGAUGAAGUUAAAGCGGCUUUUCAAGUUCUGGAGAGUAAAUAUGAAGAGAUCAGGACCUUAGACAAGGAGGUGUUUAACUUCAUGAUAGAAGAAAAUAUGAGUGACACCGAUAUUGAAACAGACUGUGAUAGUGUGGAAGAAUAUUCAUUGAAAUUCAAUGUUAUAAAAGAAAGAUUUUCAUCUUCCACAGAAAAGGUUCGCGAAAUAUCAUCCUCAGAAGGCGAAGUUGGUACGCUCCAAAGAAAAUUUAAGCUUCCACAGAUAGAGUUGAAAAAGUUUGGUGGUGAUAUUCGAGAUUGGCUGCAUUUUUGGGGAUUAUUUAAGAAACUAGAUGAAGAUCCCACCAUGGACAAUGAGGAGAAAUUUCAGUACCUAAUUCUAUCGACAAUACCUAAGUCAAGAGCAAGAACUGUCGUGGAGAGUUUUCCACCCACCUUCGAGAAUUAUCCUAAGGCAAUUGAGGCUCUGAAGUCCCGGUUCGGAAGAGAAGAACUCCUUAUUGAAUUAUAUAUAAGAGAUUUGAUAGGAUUACUAACAUCAAACACAAAGUCCCUGUCAAUGUUAUAUGACAAGUUGGAAUGUCAGUUGAGAGCUCUUGAAUCACUGGGAAUCACAUCAGAUAAAUGUUCAGCCAUGUUAUUUCCAUUGGUAGAAUCCUGUCUUCCUGAGGAGCUCUUGCGGAUAUGGCAGCGUUCGUAUUCGGCAGAUACAGCGGCAGCGAAAUCUCAAGACAAAGUGAAGAAACUGAUGGAUUUUAUAAGGAAUGAAGUUGAGAAUGAAGAGAAAGUUUCAAUGGCGAAGUCAGGAGUAGGAUCUGCCAGGGCGAAGGAACAGAAGAAGAUGAUGACGACAGAAAACAACAAAGCAACUCCAUAUACAGCUUCUGAACUCGUGACCACAAAUAACGAAGUUGUUUCUUGUAUUUUUUGCGGACGUUCAGAGCAUAAGAGUUUUGAAUGUUCGAAUUCACAAGGUAUUAGGGAUCCAGUUGAAUCAAAAUCUAGAGAAGAGAUGGAGCAAGCAGCAUUGAGGCAUUUUAAAGAAACUGUAGCAGUUGAAUCUGAUGGUAGAUAUGUUGUUCAUCUUCCUUGGAUCGAAGGACAUCCACCGCUUCCAUCAAAUUACAAAUUGGCUGUUCGUAGACUCAAUUUUACAAUUAGUAAGCUGAUGAAAGAUGGGUAUUACUCAAAGUAUGAAGAUGUGUUCAAAGAUUGGUUGUCUGAAGGUAUCAUUGAAAAAGUUUUCCACGGGGAGACUGGUAUUAGUGGUCAUUAUUUACCUCACAGGCCAGUAUUGAAGAUGAAUAGUACUACUCCAGUUCGACCAGUUUUUGAUGCAUCUGCGCAUGAGAAACACAGUCCUUCUUUGAAUAGUUGUUUGGAAAAGGGCAUGAAUUUAAUUGAGCAGAUUCCUUCAAUUUUAUUCCGAUUCAGAUUUAGAAAAUACGGUGUUGUUGCUGAUAUUAAAAAGGCAUUCCUUCAGAUAGGUUUGAGUGAGUCUGAACGGGAUUAUUUAAGAUUUUUGUGGAAGGAACCUGAUGGUAACUUAUGUGUGUUCAGGCAUCGUCGAGUAGUGUUUGGAGUAAUAAGUAGCCCAUUUCUUUUAGGUGCUGUAAUUCAAUACCAUUUACAGAAAGAAUUGGAGAUUUCUUUGAGAGACAAGUGUUCCUUUUCAUGUUAUGUUAUAGAAAAGCUCAUGAAUAGUUUCUACGUUGAUAACUGUGUAACCAGUGUAGAUAGUGAGGAGGAACUUUUGAAUUUCAUUUCGAGAGCUAAAGAUAUAAUGAGUAAAGCUAAAUUUGAUUUGCGAGGGUGGGAGCAUAAUAGUUCUUUUUACCCAUCUGAUAGAAUCGACAGUAUUACUAAUGUACUUGGUUUACUAUGGGAUAGAGAGGAAGAUACAUUAGCCAUAAAUUCCAGUAACUGGGGCAAUCUGAAGUUUGAGAAAAUAACUAAAAGAACUAUUUUAUCGAUAGCACAUAGAGUAUUUGACCCUAUUGGUUUUACUUGUCCCGUAACUGUUUACCCCAAAUUGUUGUUACAGCUCACAUGGAAAGAGAAAAUUGGUUGGGAUGAUGAGUUGGAUGGAUCAAUCAAGAGUGAAUUUCUGAAGUGGUUCGAAGGAAUAUCAUAUUUGUCUUCAAUAAGAAUCCCUCGAUACUUUUCAGCUUACAAGAAUAGCAGAUGGUUGAAACUAGAAAUUCAUAUAUUUUGUGAUGCAUCUCAAUCUUCUUAUGCUGCUGUUUCCUUCUUGCGAAUUCAGACGGAAUCGGGCGUUGUUGUUCAGUUGCUUCAAGCUAAGUCCAAAGUUGCUCCUUUGAAAAAGAUGUCUAUACCGCGUUUAGAACUCAUUGCGGCGACGAUUGGAUCGCGUCUAGUUAGAAAUUUAUAUGAAUCGAAUGUUUUCCAUGAUGCUGAAUAUUAUUUUUGGACAGAUUCUUCUACAGUAUUAGGUUGGAUUAGACAAGACCAACAGUGGGCUAUAUUUGUUCGUAACAGAGUCGAUGAAAUUUUGAAAGUUUCUUCAAAGGAACAAUGGAGAUUUGUUCCAGGGUCUAUGAAUCCUGCUGACUUACCUUCCAGAGGAUGCACAGCUAAAAAAUUGUUAGAUUCUGCAUGGUGGGAGGGACCUGAAUGGUUGAGGUAUUCAGCAAGUUAUUGGCCAACAGAUAGUUUCUGCUAUGACGAGGAGUUAGUAGCACGAGAGAAGAAAAAGUUUACCAUUUCUUGCGUUGUUAAUAGCAAUACUGAUGACUGGUAUUAUAAAUAUUUUUCAGUAUUCCACAAAACAGUCUACAUGUUGGGGUGGAUUAGAAGAUUCCUUCAUAAUUGUAGGUACCCUAACGAUAAACAUUGUGGAUUUUUAUCAGUUGAAGAGAUAAAUGAUGCAGAAUUGGUUAUUUUUAGAUUGAUUCAGCAUGAUUCAUUUAGUACUUUGAAUGAUGCUAUAAAGAGUUUGUUUCCUUUUAAGGAUGAAUCGGGUGUUUUGAGAAUAAGAACUAAGUUGGUAAAUCUUGAAGAUAGUUUUGACUUUCGGUAUCCAAUUGUUCUUCCCAAGCAUCCCUUAGUAGUGAGAUUGAUACGCGAAGAACAUGAAAGAGCUUGCCACGUAGGUGUUCAAGGAUUGUUGUGUCGGCUGAGAGAAAAAUAUUGGAUUAUUGGUGGACGUAAAACGGUGAGAUCGGUUAUUUCCAAAUGUGUGAUAUGUAAAAGGUUUAUGAGUAAAAGAUUGGAAACACUACCUAGUGCACUACCUGAAGAUCGUGUUAGGGAUGUUUCGGUUUUUGAGGUGAUCGGAAUUGAUCUAACUGGACCUGUCCAUUUGAGAGACGGCCGGAAAGCUUGGAUUGCUGUUUUCACCUGUGCCGUAUAUCGAGCAAUUCACCUGGAAUUGUUAACAUCUCUUUCGACCGAAAUAUUCAUACAAUCUCUUCGUCGUUUUAUUGCUAGAAGGGGUCGUCCAAAAAUUAUUUAUUCUGACAAUGGGACUAAUUUUGUAGGAGCUUAUAAUAUGUUCAAGAGUUUGGAUUGGUCCAUUGUGACAAAAUUUUGUUCUUUGGAGAGGAUCAUAUGGAAGUUUAAUCCUCCAGCUGCUCCUUGGUGGGGUGGAUUUUGGGAAAGGUUGAUUCGUAUAUUGAAAAAUUUAUUACGUAGAACUCUAGGAAAGGCUUCUUUGAACUUCGAAGAAAUGUUUACAGUAUUGUGUGAUUGUGAAGCAGUAAUUAAUAGUAGACCUAUAACUUUUUUGUCUGAUUCUGUUGACGAUUUAUGUCCUUUGACUCCAGCUAUGUUCAUUCAAGAUAUAAAGGAAAUUGGUGUUAACGAUUGCGAUGUUGUCGAGUGUAGUAAAUUGACCAGACGUGCAAAAUACAGGCAAAAGUUAGGUGAACAACUGAGGAAAAGGUUUCGAAUUGAGUAUCUUGGUCAAUUGAAACAUCGUUUCAAAACACAAUCCGUGAGACAAUUGAAAGUUGGGGAGGUUGUAUUGGUUGGAAAUGAUAAUUCCAAAAGAGGAGAUUGGCCAUUAGCUUGUGUUACGGAAUUAUUUCCUGGUAAGGAUGGUUCGGUAAGAUUGGUACGUUUACGUACAAGUGCAGGAGAAAUUCUUCGGUCAGUUCAAAGAAUUUUUCCAUUAGAAUUAGACUCGUAUGAGGAAGAAACAGAAAUAUCCAAUAUCAAAGAUAAAGAGCAUGAAACUCAGGUAUCAGAAAGAGCAGAUAACAUUUUGAGUCGAAUAUUCAGAACUCGAAAAGGUUGUCAAACAGUCAAAAAAUGUUCGGGUUAA